UGCAAAAGUUAGGACUUUGUCUCUCCUUGUUUUUCAAUUUAUUCAUUGCGAUCGUAAUCAGAUAUGAGUUUCUGCAACUCCAAUGCCUUUGUUGAACUUUGUUUUACCUGGGGGAAUCAGAUAUGGGCUUUUGACCUGGGCGUUCACCCUCUCAGUUUAAGAAUUGGAUGUAGAACUAUCUUAUGUAAUUUUUAUUCUAUGGUUGCCCUCUAUUGCUUGGAGAAGUGUAAGUGAUUUGCGAUCUGGGAUUUGAGUUAUAGCGCUCUUCUUGGUAUCUUAGUUUGAGUUGUAGGAGCUUUGUCCCAUGAUCUCUUUUAAGCUCGAACCCAGAUGAAGUCCUUCGAAGGGGCGGUUACUGAUGUUCUCUUCAUUCUAGAGAAGAGUAAGAAACGGAGAUGACCACGACAAGUUUGCAAAGAGGAAGAUGACCACGGCGAGUUUCUCGAAGUUCGAAUGAGAGAGGAAGAUGAAGGGAAGAAGAUGACUGAUCAGGACGACGCUAACUGCAGUUGUUUCUUUCGAAAUUCAAAGAGAGAGGAGGAAGAAAAGGGCGAAACAGGGAGCCCUUUCGUUCGAUGUUCUCUUUAGGGUUCUAACCCUGUUCGGGUGGUCAACAAAUUAGACCGGUGGAUCACAUGAUGUAGGUCAAAUGGAGCGAAAUGAAGAAAAAUAAAUCUAACGAGGAUCUUACGGUCAUUGAAAAGGUCACUGCCACUCUCCGCCAAAUCUCUUCACUGCAGACGAUUUUGAUCCGAUCCUUCCAUCACAAUGUUCCGUUCUCGUUUCCCCUGCAGAACCUUAGUUUCAAAAUCAAUUCCGACCCACUUAGCGGAAAAUGGGGCAAGCGCAGGAAACCCUUUUCUCUGCAAUCAUGGUUGCCAUACUCAUCCAAAUGGUAACACCUUUGAGAACUUUAGCAAUUUAGCUCAAACCCAGUGGAAAGCAAGUACCAAAUUAUCUGCAAACAUGUUCCUUAACCCUAAAUGCUACCCCCUGUAUUUCUAUUCUUCGCAUUCCAAUUACGCGUCACUGAGAUCCGUGGGGAAAAGAUGGCAUAAGAAUUCAAAAACAGUCCAGAAACCAACCCUCAAUGAAGCUCAGUUUCACCAGUCAGUAUCUCAACUCCCACCGAGAUUCACUCCAGAAGACCUCUCCAAUGUCAUAACCCUCCAGGAAGAUCCUCUGGUCUGUCUUGAACUCUUCAAUUGGGCUUCACAACAACACAGGUUCAGACAUGAAGUCUCGACGUACCACAUCACAAUCAAAAAGCUUGGCUCUGCCAAAUUGUACCAAGAAAUGGAUGAUGUUGUUAAUCAAGUUCUUGCUGUUUCUGAUAUGGGCUCGGAAUCUCUUUUUAAUACAAUGAUAUACUUCUUCACAGAAGCUCGGAAAUUGUCAAGAGCCAUCACUGUGUACAAGCACAUGAGGAAGAGCAGAGAUCUGGGGUGCAGGCCUUCUAGUAUCACCUACAAUCUGCUUUUUACGGCACUUUUGGGUAGGGGGAGGAAUUCUUAUAUAAACCACGUCUACAUGGACACAAUAAGAAGCCUCUUCAGGCAAAUGGUCAAUGAUGGGAUUGAACCUGACAUUUUCUCUUUGAAUGCCAUGAUCAGAGGUUAUGUUAAUUCCCUUCAUGUCAAUGAUGCUCUUAGAAUAUUCCAUCAAAUGGGUACGGUUUAUAAAUUCCUUCCCAACUUGCAUUCCUAUGAUUAUCUGAUCCAUGGGCUUUGCGCACAAGGCCGAACAAAUAAUGCAAAAGAGUUGUAUGGCGAAAUGAAGGACAAGGGGUUUGUUCCAAGCAGUAAGACAUACAACUCCCUUGUGAAUUGUCUGGCUAUUGGUGGUGAGGUUGAGGAGGCUGUAAGGAUUUUGUGGGAGAUGGUUGAGAGGCAAAAGUUGGCAGAUUUCAUAACAUACCGGACUAUCCUGAAUGAGAUAUGCAGGCAAGGAAGGGUUGCAGACGCCAUGAGGUUGUUGAAGGAGUGGCAAGAGAAGGAUCUUAUGGAUGGCUACACUUAUAGGAAGCUUCUGUAUGGGCUUGAAGAUGAAUUUGGUAAUCAAAAUGACUGAAAGCAUCUGAUGGUGAGUGUUUCUUCUGCGACAAAAAUGUACUUCUAAGUUUUGGUAAAGGUGAAUAAUUUGGCAACUCCUGACAUUAUAGAGGAGCUGCUCACAUAUCAAAAGUUGAAUGCCAACAUCACUGCUCUCUAUGAAUAUGGAGAUCUUUCUGAAUUUUAUUUCUAUGGUGAUAUUAUUAGAGAGUUUUUCUUCCAUGGGAACUGUAGUUUAUAUCUAAUAUGUAAUGAUGGCUUAGUGCCCUUAACACACUAAUGAAAAAUAAAAUUAGGUUUGUAACUUUA